AUGGCCCAGCCUUACGCCUCCGCCCAGUUUGCUCCUCCUCAAAACGGCAUCCCAGGAGACUACACCGGCCCCCAUCCUCACCCGACCCCCGACUACUCCGGGCAAACCACGGUUACAGAGCACACGUUAAAUCUGUACCCACCUGCGCAGACGCACUCCGAGCCAAACACAAGUGACACAAAUGCACAAACUGUCUCAGGCACAGCCACCGUAAUUGUUCAAGAUAAGCUCGAUCAGAUGGUUUUUAUCUGGGAGGAUAUCCAUGCUUUGGCUGAGGAAAGGGAAGCGAAGCUCCUUGAUGUCAUGGAAUUAGCCGAUAAGUUCUGGUGUGAUCAUAUGGCUCUCAUAGCCACUAUCAAAGAUACUCAAGAUUUUAUCAGAGAACUAGAAGGAGCAGGGAUUGAUCCUUCAGUGGUGAAGCAACAACAUGAAGCAGCAGAGUCCAUCAAAGAAGAGAUAGAUGGGUUACAAGAAGAACUUGAUGCUGUUGUGAAUCUUGGCUCUGAACUCAUAGCUGCAUGUGGUGAACCUGAGAAACCAUUAGUCAAGAAAAGUAUAGAUGAG